AUGGUUACUUUUAAUCUUACCAAACUUCUUGCUGAUAUUUUUCCUCCAAGGCAUAUUUUCACGAGUAAAAACGUACCUGAAUGUGCUAAAUUUUUGCAGUCCAAAAAUAGUGAAAAUCUGAUUAAACAGGGUAAUCAACUCAUCAAGCAGGGUGAGCGUAAAAUAAAAGAAGGGGAAUUACUGCUUCGUACUCAUGGAUCCAAUGUAAACAGUGUACCAUGUAGAGUGCCUAAAUCAUCUGCAGUCAAUACAUCUUGUACACCAAAACCUAGAAAGUCUUUUAUUAAGCUUACAAACAGGAUGAAGCGUAAAAGAACAGAUAGUCUUAGAGAACGAGAGGCGGAAGAACUGCAACAUGCUGUCAAAAGGUUUAAAUCUAAUUCUUCUACUGAUGGUAGGGCUAUUUUAUAUGGUUCAAAUUUGUCAUUGCAAGCUCUUUGUAAUUUGAAACUUACAGAUAGAACAUGGACUGAAUUUAAAAAUAUAGUGACUCAUAAUCGUCAUCUUGUUCCUCCAGGUUUAACCAAGUUGAAGCAAUACAAAAAAUUGACAUAUCCAGAGCAGGUUGAAUAUUCUGAAACCGAAGUAAAAUGUAGUCUUUUCCAUAUGAUAAAGCAUUCAGUUUCUAGAGUGUUUGAAUAUCUUUUGGAUUAUGAAAGUAACUGCAUAAUGAGUUUAUCACAAGAAGAGCGUGAUAAUGUACAAGUUAUUUGCAAAGUAGGAGGUGAUGGUCAAAGUGAUCAAUCGGAGUUUCAAAAUUCAGCAACUAUGAAAAGAGGUGUAGAUGAUCGCUCUGUGUAUAGUAUAGUGUUUGUACUGCUGGAGAUCCGAAGUGGAGAAAAAAUAAUAUGGAAAAAUUUAAUUCCAAAUAGUCCAGAUGCAACCCGUCAUCUUCUUUUUUGUUUUGCAAAAGAGACUGCUAGUUUUAUUCAGGAAAAAUUUGAACAUUUGAAAAAUGAAAUUUUUUUAUUGAAGAAUAUUGAAUUUAAACUUGGUGAAAGUACUUUUGUAGUAAAGUCUAGUUUGUCAACUAUUUAUACCACAAUGAAUGAUGGCAAAACACUAAACGCUGUUGUAUCAAAUAUGCUUAAAAAAAGAAUUUCAUCUCAGUCCUGCCAUGUAUGCCUUGCAAAUUCUAAGGAGUUUAACUUGAAAACUAUUUGGAAAAAAAUAUUAACUUAAACAAGCAUGUUUUGAAACUUGGAAUUUGCAGUCUUCAUCUAUGGAUGUGCUGUAUGGAGUGGAUUUUCAAUACUGCUUGUAAACUCCCAGCUGUUAAGCAAGGAAGAAAUAUUCCAUCACAAAAGAGUAAAGAAUUUAUUGAAAACAAAAAAAAAUUCCAGCAUUUAUUCAAGAUAAAACUGAAU